UCGGUCAAGCGCUCUCGUUAAGUUUUUCCACAGUCGGAAUUUGCAUUGCACAGAGAUCGAAGUGAUCGCGCGUGAGUGUUUUGCUAGUUUUUUGUCUGCGUUUUAUCUGUAAAUUCCAUUAUCUUUUUGCUGAAACGGCUGAUUUGACUCAAAGACAGGCUUCUUGAUGAUCGCUGCAAAAGCCGCGAAGAAGAAAAUGGAGAAAAUGUUGAACAAUAACAGCUUGGCGACGUCCAACAAGAAAAAGGCUGCGGAGAAUGAUGACAGUCUCUUUGAAAAUGUGGAGCGUCGUUUUCACGAAUUGGCUUUCAGUGGACCAAAGUCAUCCGUGAAGUCUUCUGAUUCUGCCUUCGAGCUGCUGCUGCCGACGACGUCGAUUUUGGAGCAGAAAAACUUCCCUUCCGUCACUGUAUCCGCCGCUGGAGCGACUGGCGCGAUUGCCAAGAAGAGCCAGACAUCUGAGGACAAGUCAGGGCAUGGGAUUGAGGCGCUGUCCGUCAGGAGUCCAAAAAAGACAACCACAAAUGCUUCCACAGCGCCCAAGGCUAAGGCUUCGGGAGUGCAGCAGGCAAAUGGAGAGCAGAAGGUGACUCCGGAAGAGUACGCGAUGCUUCGCGCCAGAGUGGACAUGCUGGAGUCCUUUAUCGGGGCUCUCGCUGCAGAUCACUCCGAUUUGAGGUGUCAAGUGGCUCUGUGCAUGGGAUAUCGCACGAACAUCCAGGCUUUGGAGUAUCGCCUGAACGUGAUGUCGGGCGGCAACGCUAAGAAAGAAGCAAAAGCUCCGCCGCAGAAUCUUCCUGUGGCGGUUCCAAAGGCCGCAGCAAAGCCACCGAAACCGCCUCGUCGUGCGCAGAGCACGGAAGUGUUGCCUUCUGCUGGCCCAGCAUCGGACAAAUACCAGCACUUGUUCGUCACUCGCCUGGCCAACAGCGUCACAACUGAUCAAGUGGCGGAUUACAUGGAGAGCAAGCUGACCUCGAAGCGCCGUCCGCGCUGCAUUCCCUUGAACAGACCCGACGAUCCCCGGGACUAUUCUUCGUUCAGAGUCGAACUGCUGCCCGGGGAUUUCAAGGAAGCGUCUGGCGCGGGCUUCUGGAGCGAGGGCAUCAUCGCCACGACGUUCAAGUUCAAGGGAGCGCCGGGACACGCAAAGAAGCGCUCAACAUCAACUCAUUCAACCAAGAACUUUUAGCUUGAUGCGUUUUUGAUCAUAAUAAUCAACUUAAUUGAAUUUGAGACUUUUCAGGAGCGCGAAAAAUGAAUUUUUUAUGUCAACUGUGGAAAAUAUUUUUCUGCAGAAUUGUGGAAUUAUUUUCAAUAUUUUUUCUAGUUAACAAUUCACGAUGAAUUCGGAUGAAUUAGAGUUUCCUCAAUCGAAUUUCAAUAUUGGAUUAUAAUUUUGAAGUAAUUUUUGUUUUUCAACCAAGAGUUGAUUCAAAUGAAAUAAUUUUGAAAUACAACACUUCAUUAUGACGAUUUAUGCUAUUUACAACAAAAUAUUUAAAUGUAUAACUU